UGUGUACAUAUCAACAUCAACAACAUUCGAAGACCGCGCGAACCCUGCGUACAACAUUGAAGAGGAUCCGCAGUGAUGGCGCAGGUAAUAUCAUCCUCCGCUCACGAUGACAUGAUCCACGACGCCGUGCUCGACUACUAUGGCCGCCGUCUCGCAACCUGCAGCUCCGACAAGACGAUCAAGAUCUUCGACAUCGAACCUGCUUCCUCCGCCAACAGCGCACAACAGCAGCAGCAAGCGGAACAACACCGCUUAACGGCUACCCUGACCGGCCAUGAAGGCGCCGUCUGGUCGCUCGCCUGGUCUCACCCCAAGUUCGGCGUGAUACUCGCAAGCAGCAGCUACGACGGCCGUAUCCUCAUUUGGCGCGAGCAGAACGGGCAAUGGCAGCGCAUCUACGAGUUCACCUUGCAUACCGCGUCCGUGAAUGCGGUGGCGUGGAGUCCAGCCGAGUGCGGAUGCCACCUGGCCGCUGCAAGUAGCGAUGGCAACGUCAGCGUGCUCACGUUCGAGAACAACACCUUCUCCCACACCAUCUUUCCCGCACACACUCUCGGUGUCAAUGGUGUAAGCUGGGCACCGGCUACGCUACCCGGCCAACUCUUUAGCGCGCAGGCGCCGGGAAGACAAGAAGGCCCGCAGAGACGAUUUGUCACCGGAGGCUCCGACAACCUGGUUAAGCUCUGGAGCUACAGUAGCACAACGCAGUCCUACGAUAAUGUAGCGACAUUACAAGGCCAUCGUGACUGGGUACGGGAUGUGGCUUGGUCACCAACGCCGCUUAGCAAACAGUACAUCGCGAGCGCGUCACAGGAUCACACGGUCCGCAUAUGGACGCUUGCGGCGGGAGAGGACAUUGCAAAUGCUGGGGCGUGGCAUUCGGAAGAGCUGAACUUUGAGGUGGUCAUGUGGCGAGCAAGUUGGAGCAUGGCAGGCAAUGUUCUGGCGGCAUCUGGCGGUGACAACCGCGUCAGCUUAUGGAAGGAGAAGCUGAAGGGUGGGUGGGAGUGCGUGAAGACCAUUGAGGAGUAGGUCGCGGCGGGAGAGUGUCAACGGCAAGCGAGGAGUAUCAGGCGUUCGUAUGGAAGGCAGAGCGUCAUGCCGGUGCCUAGCCACAAGCUUGUCUCAGU